UGUCUUUCUGAUAUGACGUAUCCUAACAUACGUCUAGAAAACUUUUUAAAUUGAAAAUGGUCCGUAGAAAUAUGUUUCGAUUGUGUUCAAAAUCUUUAGAAUUCGCAGGACUUCCUAAUCCUAUCAUGGCAAAUAUUCCAGCAUUUCAUCAUGUGCCGAUUGUUGUUGAACAGACUAGUAGAGGGGAAAGGGCAUUUGAUAUAUAUUCCAGAUUGUUAAAAGAAAGAAUAAUAUGUUUAAUGGGACCUAUUAAUGACAUAAGCAGUUCUUUGAUAAUUGCCCAGCUUUUAUACCUUCAAGCCGAAUCAUCUUCAAAGCCUAUUCAUAUGUAUAUCAAUUCUCCUGGAGGUGUUAUUACAUCAGGAUUAGGAAUAUAUGAUACAAUGCAGUACAUUCUACCUCCAGUUGCUACUUGGUGCGUUGGACAAGCUUGCAGUAUGGCAUCUUUAUUGUUAGCUGCAGGAACACCCGGAAUGAGAAGUUCCUUACCCAAUGCACGGAUUAUGAUUCACCAACCAUCUGGAGGAGUAGUAGGUCAGGCUACUGACAUUAAAAUACAAGCAGAGGAAAUUCUGAAGAUAAAGAAACAAAUAAAUCACCUAUAUGAAAAACAUACCGGUAUGCCUGUAGAAAAAGUUGAAUCCAGCUUGGAAAGAGAUAAUUUCAUGACUCCAACUGAAGCUCUCUUAUUUGGCUUAAUUGAUAAAGUUUCAACUAAACCUCUUCCGAAUAAGGAUAUAAAGAAAAAAGUUCAUGAUCAAAAACCAAUUGAUCCUCCUUUCAUUGAUGUCUCAAAGUCAGUUCUUAAGAAAGAACCUUGCGGGGAGAAUUAAUAUUAUGUUCAAUAAAGAAAUAUAUUUUCGAA